AUUAUACACUGCCACAUAUAUACUCAAAUUUUUAUGUGGCUACACUAGUGGAAUAUUACUCGGGUGAAAGCAUUACUGGCAGGACUGUACCCAUACUCAAAAGAAAGGGGAAUUUGCUGACAUAUAUGAAUGGGACUAAAUUUGACACCUUGUCUUCCACUAAAUUAACAGUGUUUCAAACUUCUGAUACUCAAUCUGAAUUUUACUAUGAAUCAAGAAGUAGGAGAGAAGUUUCAAGGUUAACCAAAUGCGGUGGUAUUCCUCAGCAUGUUCCUGACAGGGUCAGUAACUUAAUUUCAUGUCUUUCUUCUUCCAUUCCAAGGUUUUACCAUAAUCUGUUUCUGUAACUUUCUUUUUCUUUCUUAAUUAUUUUAUUAUUUUUCCUUUUAUUUGUUUAUUUAAUACAGCCCCAAUUUAGUGUUUUUAUGGUUAUGCCAAUCCAAGAUGUGAUGACCACCAAAAACAUGUGGAUUUUCAUGAAGCCAUUUAGCUUGGAACUUUGGCUCACAAUUUUCAUGGCUUCCAUUUUUGUUGGAAUUUCAAUCGGAAUUUUGGAGCUUCGUGCAAGCCACAGUAAUCCAGAAUUCCAAGGUCCUCUUCGUCGGCAACUCAGCAUCAUGCUUUGGGUUCCAAUUUCAAUGGUUGUCUUUCCCGAAAGGAGGAUGGUGGUUAACAAGUGGUCUAAGUUUGUGUUGUUGGUAUGGUUGGUUUUGUCAUUCAUUCUAUUUCAGUGUUACACCGCAAAGUUAACAUCAAUGUUGAUCUCAGUAGAUGAUGAGCCACAACAUUUCUUCAAUAAGCUUGAAAGGCCUUACAUUGCUGGAUAUCGUAAUGGUUCCUUUGUGAAAGAUUUUCUGGUAGAAGAGUUGAAAUUCAGUGAGUCCCGUCUCAUGGCAUAUACAACCAUUGAUGAGUACCAGAAGGCCUUGUCUAAAGGAAGCCGCAACGGAGGUGUUGAUGCCAUCUUUGAUGAGCUUCCCUAUGUCAACUUCUUGCUCCUCAAAUAUGGUUCUAAAUACACCAAGGUUGGACCCAUAGCCAAGACAAGUGCAUUUGGCUUUAAAAAAUCUGGAUAUGAUGAACUUCCAUCGAUUUCUCCACAAAGUCCUAGCCUCAAAGCCCCUAGCUUCAUAGGUCUUUUCAUCAUUACAGGGGUUGCUACUAUAUUUGGCUUAGUUUGCUCUGAAAUAUCUAGAAGAUUCUCCGGGAGACUCUCGUCUAAUAGGCUUGAAUCUAGGGUCCUUUCCAUAGUUGAAAUGAGUGUCGCCGGAGAUUCACCAAUUGCUGAGAAUUAAGAGCAUCGUUCUAGCACAUCUAACCAGAGCGUGUGGAAUGUUUCUAUAGCAGAAGAAGAAGAAGAAGAAGAAGAAGAAGAAGAAGAAGAUGCGGUAGAAGAAAUGGUGCACUUAUCCUAGCAUGGUGUCCACACUGAAGGUAAGCCGAGUAGCCUGUGUCAAGAUCAUAAAGAUCGAUAUGACUUGCUUUGGCUGAAUUCUCCAAUUUUGCCAACUAAAUUACUGUGUAGAAAGAACUUCCGAUAAUUUUGGCAUUGUUUGGAGUGUGGUGUGUUUGCCAACUAAUACCGUGUAGAAAGCACU